UUGACUUGAUCUGUCAAAAUAAUAAUCGCAGCAUAUACUACGCCACCCCUUCCACCACCUCUUCGCACGAUACUUAAUAUACCGGCUGAUGCGUACGGGCUCUCCCCCUCGCAUCGGCAGCUUGUGCAUUCGCUAAUCCAGGCGGCACCGUUUGCCCCGGAUGUAUCAUUCAAUGCCACGACGGUUGCUCUUGUCCUCGGCACGGCCUUGUCGUUUCAUCGCCCGCCGCCGUUAUCCUCCAGCUGCAGUUGGCUUCUCGCGCCAAUUCCAUAUUUCGCGAACAUGGCUCUCAUCCGUACCACCUGACCCGCAUGGUACAGCAGAUUCGCCGUCCGGAACCUUUACUAAUGAUGCCUCGCCGUUUAAUGCGGAGGAACAUCUACCAGAGCAUGUUUCGCCAAAUAGGACACCGACCGCCGAAGGAGAGGCAAAAAAGGAACAUGGCCCCUAUGGCUCAGGUGUGCGCAGGGCAAUGAGGAAUAAACGGCCAUCAAGGAACUGGACUCCUCCAACUGCCACCAUUCCGGAUUGGUUUCACGAGCGGAAUACAAUCGUCAACAGCGAUGGGCAGCGUAUUGUGCCGCUGCAACAGGUUAGGAUAGAUGAUUCACAGACAGGCCCGGAUCAAGCCGCGGAGGAGGGAUUGGCAUAUGGGGCGGGUUCUGAUGGGGGAGAGCAACCUGGGUCUGGCGAACAACCCGAGUCGGAACAUCGGUAUGCAUUAACGGAAGCCGUAUGGGAGGAAUUGCGCGCAUCCGUCAAAGCCGGGUUGAGACUACCGCCUUCAAAGUAUGCGAAUGAACCUUCAGCUCUGAAGUCACACCUUGUCCUUCACUACCCGGGGAAUGAUGGUAUUCUGUUUCUUGAUGCCGUCGUCAAGCGGCUGGCAAACGAGAUUGGGCUGGAUAUAGUGACACUCAAUGCGCAGGAUAUCACUCAGCUGUGUAGUGAGCAAGACCUGGCGGAUAAUGGCAUGUCUUCAUCCAUCAGAUCUUUGAGCUAUGAAGUGUAUCGGCCUUCAUUGCCCGCCACAUUGCAGGAGUUUGAUGACAGUAUCGGAGAGGGAGAAGAUGAUGCCGAUGUAAUAGAUACGCGAAACGUUCGGUCUGAAGUCAGUACCCCAAAAUUCAUCACGAUCGAAAGUUCUCGAGACUUAGGCGAAGUGCCGCUCCCGACUUGGCUCGGCUUGAGGUCCCUGGUAUCCUCCGUCGGCACAAACGGCUCUGCCGGAAGGGGCACGAGCAACAGGAUAGAACAUAGCUGGCUUCGACUCAUCAAUGAGCUUAUUUCGUCCUCCGGCAAAGGGUCGAAGCUGCCUUCAAGACGGGAGGAAUCGUCUGCAGAAGCCCAGUUAACCGGAACCCGGAAGACUGGACAAGCCCGGGAUCUCAUAAUACAAGUUCAAGAUUGCAGAGAUAUUCAAGCGACACGCGAAGGUUCCAAGUUCAUUUCUUUACUACAGCAAGCCAUUCAAAGCCGGAGGCAAGAAGGCUCGCGGGUGCUAUUGAUUGGGACAGUUGCAAAAGAAAUAAAUAAUCUCACAUCCCAGGAUGCCUCAUUAGACGACGAUUUCUCCAAAACACUCAUCAUCACACCUGCUGCGGGAUUGCAUGUAGCAGGGGCUUUUGUGGAAGAUCGAAAGCGGCGUACGAUGGAUAUCAACAUUCGACAUCUACAGAAUAUGCUGCGUACUCGACUCAGUGAGCAGUCUUCAGCCAUCGACGAAAAUAUUCUCACUAGCCGUGACUGGCCUCUCAGCACAUCCAUAGUGAAGGAAUCCGGACUUGACGAGCGGUAUUGGUCAUAUAAUCAGAUCCACUGGGUUGCCACUCUGGCGCUGGGAUGCGCAGAGCCGGAGGAACGGCUUGGUUUCGCUCAUAUCCAGCGCGGGAUUGAGGUGAUGCAGAGGGCGGAUAGCAUCAAGAAUAGUUGGCUGCAGGAAACGUCCCCCAAGGCUCAAGCCUCGGAGAUGGGAAACGACAGAGAACGAUUACUCAAGUCGUUGCGCAAGACAUGCAAUACACACGAAAAGAAACUCUUGAAUGGAGUUGUCGAUGCCAAGAGCAUCCAUACGACUUUUGCCGAUGUCCAUGUAGCUCCCGAGACCAUCGAAACCUUGAAGACGCUCACUACCCUUUCACUCAUUCGCCCCGAAGCUUUCACAUACGGUGUGCUGGCUCGAGACAAGAUUCCCGGCCUACUUCUCUAUGGACCACCCGGUACUGGUAAGACUCUUCUCGCGAAAGCGGUAGCGCACGAGAGUGGUGCAACCGUACUCGAAGUCAGCGGAUCGGAGGUCUAUGAUAUGUACGUUGGUGAAGGGGAGAAGAAUGUCAAAGCCAUCUUUACGUUGGCCAAAAAGCUCAGUCCAUGUGUCGUGUUCAUUGAUGAAGCGGAUGCCAUUUUCUGUUCACGGACAGGAGCAAGCAACCGCACGUCACAUCGCGAACUCAUCAACCAAUUCCUUCGGGAAUGGGAUGGUAUGAACAACCUGUCUGCCUUCAUUAUGGUGGCCACCAACAGACCGUUCGAUCUUGAUGACGCUGUUCUCCGACGCCUCCCCAGAAGACUUCUCGUGGACCUGCCAACUGAACAGGACCGCUUAGCUAUCCUCAAGAUCCACCUGAAGGACGAGGAUCUCGAUGCUUCUGUCGAUCUGCCCGAGCUAAGUCGUCGCACACCUUUCUAUUCCGGCUCCGAUCUAAAGAACCUGUGCGUUGCGGCUGCAUUGGCAUGCGUACGUCAGGAGAACAACUUGGCGGCGCAGCACCAAGGAGAAGAACCAUACCAGUAUCCAUCCAAGCGCACUCUGACUUGGGAGCACUUUGAGCGCGGUAUGGAAGAGAUUAGUGCGUCGAUUAGCGAGGACAUGGCGUCACUGUCAGCCAUCCGGAAAUUCGAUGAACAGUAUGGAGAUCGCAAAGGUCGGCGCAAGAGGGGACCUGGAUGGGGAUUCGUACCGUCCAAUGCUGUCAGCCCUAGCGCAGAUACGGUGCGUGUACGAACUUGAGGCCUUUAUUUGGUUUUAUUUUUUGGUUGAUGAUUGCAUUGUACUUUGUUUUCUCUCUUGAUAUCUCUAUAGAGUCUGGAAUGGGUUGGUAAUGGGACAACCUGGUGUAACAUUAGCGGUAUAUGGGUAGGUAGACUUGCACUGUACCAACAGCAAGUGAGGCAUAUUAUUAUAUCCUAGUUUCUUUCUUUUCCUUUUUAUUCCCUUUUUUUUAUAUAAACGGGCUCUAUCGGAUGGACAGGCUUCGUUGCGGACUGCAGUGUAUACAUCCAUCUCCUGCCGUCUUGGCUUCGGACCGUCUUCGAUAAAUACAUCAUCGAAUA